GCUCGGCUAGGACGAUAAAAUUGGAAAAUUCGCCGGGAUUGUCAACACAUGAACACACUUUUUAAAGGAAAUUUACGGUGUAAUUCGCUGUGACAUUCAUUUUCAAUAGUGUGCAAGGAUAGAAGCAACAUUGAUCUACAAUGCCACACCAAAAACACGCGAAACAUGCUCGUAAUAAUGGCAUACGAGCGGACACAAACAACAACGUGCAAAAUGGCCACGCCGUCAACGUAAACAACAACAAUGGAGGCAAUCCGCAGAAUGGUCAAAGAAUGCAACCAUGUUGCAUGCCUGGGAGCUGCCCUCUCAAGGAGGAGCUGAUUGACACCGAAGAUGUUGGAGAUGCAGUUCGAGUUGCGUGUAAUAAUGAGCUCUGUGUUGUCGGAAAUUGGAUGCACAAAAGUUGUUUCGACAGUUGGGAAGAGUCCGUGCUGGCGUAUCUGCGCUCGUGCGGUCGUGCACGCAGCUGGAGUGAAAAACAGCGUCUGCAAAACCUGUGGACCAAGAAAGGGUAUGAUUUGGCUUUCAAAGCAUGCGAUUGUUCCUGUGGCAAGGGGCAUCUACGAAAGGAUUUGGACUACAUUCGUCCAGUGCGAGUUGAUAACGCUUUGAAAAAGAAACCAAAGAAGAAAAUCGAGCCAUCAAAACCAGCUCUCAACAAUGCUGUGCACAACAAUCAUGCUGUUGUUGCUGCAACUAGAGAGAGAAGGCCCUCAGGAAAUAACAACACUAAUGCAAAUCUAAAUGCUGCUAAAGUCAACUCUCAAAAAGCUGACCAAAGUGAUACCAAUGGUAAUGCAGUUCCACAAACAGUUGCUGUUGGACAGAGAAAUGGCAUGCAAAUACAUAUAAGAAAAGCUUCACCCAGUAUUAUCAUUCUGAACAAGCACUCUGAACGCAAAAGUGAUGACCGUAUACGAGCCAACAGUAUAUCUAGCACAGGAAGUAGUCCUCCUAACUCUGCCUCAUCGAUGACUUCCAGCUCCAGCUCCCCAGUGCCUCAAUCCCCGCAAUCGUCCGGGUCAACUGUGAAGCAAAGAUUCGAGUUUGACACAGUCCCAAGCCCAGGGUCAAGUCCAACUUCAGGAAUGGUCAUGAACAACUUGUUCAGGAGACGCAUGGAUCUGUCAGCCUUCAACAUACUACCUAAACACAAGCAGAAUCCGUACCACAUCAAAAUGGAAGAUGAUGUCACGCCAGGGUCGGAUGAUGUCCACAUGUUUGUACUCAAUCACCUUGGCAACUACAAAGUUUCAUCUUUGAACUGUGUUCUUUGCAAAAAUGAGCUUUGUAUAUUUGAAAAGUACCCGCUGAUUGAUGGAACAUUGUUUCUUUCACCACAAGCCUAUGACAAUCAGGCUCUGCAAGUUAUUUCUGAAGGUCGCCUUCAGUACAUAAAUGCAGUGUGUGUCUUGUGCCUUGAAGGAGCGAACGACAUAAGUUGCGCUGCGUGCAAGUGCAAAUGGGAUGGAAGUUCCUUACUUCUGGGCUCAAUGUAUUCGUACGACAUCUUUGCAGCUAUGCCUUGCUGCCAGAAACGACUCACAUGCAAGCACUGUCAUCGUGCCGUGGUUGACGUGUUCAGCGGCCUGCAGUACUUCAGCGAGUACAGUCGAAUGAUACCAUGUCCUUAUUGCAAGGCCUACGACUACCAUUUCAUACGGCCACUGAACGAAACCUUCUCUGUUAAGAUGUCUAUAUGGCAUUGAACAGAUAAAACUUUCCUGCAAAACUCUGCAAAUAUAUAGGGCAUAUAUGCAGUAUCAGUUCUGGAGCAGCCUUUGUGACUUUAUUUGAUCUUGUUUAUUGCACAGUGAUUUGUUUCACAUAUAUGCAUAUGAUUCCUUUUUCUUAGCUGUGUAUUGUUCUAGUCUAGAAUUUGUAGGGAAAAUGUUGGUGCAUCAUCGAUUUUGAAAGACAUGUACAUUAUGUUUGUAUGAUAUUGCAUAAUUUCAAUUUAAUUUGUAAUCACUGUAAAGAUUGGACAUUUUUUAUUUGAAAUAUCUAUUACUUAUAAGGUCCCAUUUGUAAAUUAAAAAUACAUUUUAUGCUUGUACACUUGUACCACACAAGAGAAAAUGAUUCAAUUAGGAAUUGCUUGAUUAUAUGGUUAUACGUUUUAUAAUGUUAUUUGUUCACUUGAUAAUUAAUUUGUAAGUGACUUUUAAAAAUGUUCCUUGUGACUCAAGCUGUUUCUUUCCUGGUUUAAGGUUUAUUAUUUCUGUAUGAGGCUUUAAAUCUGGCCAUUUAAGUAUCUGGGGUUUUACAUAAACAUCUUUAUAGUCAUUUCCUAACUGAAGUAAAUUUCUACUUAAAGUUGGGUCCUUUACUGGUCAUAUGAUACAGUAACUUAGUCUUAAAUGCUUUAUGUUCUUGAUUGUUUUAUGUAAUAUACAUACUUCAAAGCUAAAAAUACUUUUACACAUCUUUAAAUUUGACUGAAAAAUUGAGGAAAUCACCUUUGGGAAUAACUGAGAUGUUUAAUGAAUACCAGUCCUGGAAUUUUAAGUGUUAGUAUGUUUACAGAACUACACUAGAUAAUCACAUUGGAUCAGGUGUACCAUGAAAUUUCUGGCUGUACUAUGAUACCACUAGGCCCUGUUUGGCAGCUUCCAAUGUGUAGGUGUGGAUAUUUUGUACAAGAGACUUAGUAAAGGAAAUACUGUGACAAUCUCAUGUACUUAUAGCAACCAGCUGGAUAUUAUUUCCAUGGAUUUUAGAAUUUCAAAGCACUAAAUCCUGCAAUUUGAUUCGAAUGGCAUAAAUUGGUAAUUUGUCUUAUACAUGUUUGAAUGUUUUUUUUCUUUUAACAUUCAUAGUACAGAAAUAAUGCAAGCAAAGAAAAAAAUGUCUAACGUUUUGACCAUCAUAGUUACUUAUAUGCUAAGACUGUUUUGUGUUUCCUCCUGGAAUUGAUUUUCUCUGAGCUAUAUAUUGAACUAUAAUUGUAUGUGAAAAUCAUGAUUAUUUGGAAGUAUCACUAUGUGUAUAAGAGAUACAGCCUGUACCUCAUUAUUUAAAAGAAGUACUAUGAUUACAAAUGAUACAGUCUGUACCGCUAUACAGCAGAUAUGGCAUAUAAACAUAGUGAUAUUCUCAUAUAAUGAGGUUCAGACACUCUCAUAUAAUGAGAUGUAUCUAAUUUAUAUCAUGCAGAAAAUGAUGCAACCCUCUUUGUAUGCUUAUUCAAACAUGUAAGCUAACCAGUACUCUCAAAGGCACUCAUUCACAUUGUAUAGGGUCACACACUACAAAUCAUGUGAAAUGUCAACCAACUGAUUGUUACAAUGAUAAAACAAUUUUCUGUUAACAAUUAUUUAAAACAAAUAUGACAGACAUGCUUUAUUUUGCGGAAAAUCAUUAGUAACACUUUUGAAAAAUGAAUGUCCAGGAUUUUCUAAUCUUUUCUAUAUCAUAUCUGCCAGUUGCUGUUUGGUGUUUGUGCAUAAGAGCAAAGACAUAUAAAUAUAUGUUCAUGAUAAAAGGAAGUAAAAUAACUCCAUCUGAACACAUGUAAGCAAAAAUGUUGGCAAUAUAUAUCUGUGAAGGAGUCCCUUUAACUCUGUUAUGUUAUGAGUGGUAUGUUUUAUUGACUACUUUUGCUAUAUAUGUUUUUUACUGAAAUAAAUGUGCUGAUAUUUUGAUCUUCCAAUCCACAUUUUGAAUUUUGAGCUUGUGUAUAGAAUUGUAUUGUAUACCUUUAUAAAUAUUGUCCUUUUUAAGCUUGGUAAUCAUUUCAAGUCGUAUGCUUGAUUGAUUGGUGUAAUCGAUUCUAAAUACAUGUAUAACAAUUGAUUGUAAGAAAAGUUGGUGUUUGUUUUUUCUGAAGUGAAGUACAUUUCGUGUAGUUGUUGUCAUUUUCUUUUCUGCAUCUUUUUAUUUUGCUGAUUUUUGUACAUUUAUACACAAUAGUGCUAUAUUUUGUGAAGGAUGGUUCUCAUCUCCUAGUUUGAGAAUGGUUCCUUACUCCUAGAUAGACUCUGACUGUUAUAGGAUAUAUGGAUGUGACCUGAGAUAUCGUAGUUCUCAUUUAUAUAUAAUUAUACUCAAAUCUACCAGCAACAAACAUGCUUUAGAGUGCAUAUAAUAAGUAUGCGAUAUAUACUUGUAUGGAUAUUAUAUCAUAUUAUUGAUCAUUACUAUGAGCAUAAUUAUAUAUAUUUUUUAUGUAGGUUUGGUUUCUUUUUUUCAGAAAGCAAGGAAUGCAAUUCUUAGAAAAGAUUGUUUAAAAUGACUGAUUAACACUUAAAUAUGCUUAUCAUUUAUAUUUUUGCAUUUUGGAAAGCAAGUAAAUUGCUUUUGUACCUUACCUGAUAGGCAAGCCUUUUUAAGAUGUGUUUUUUAUUUGUUUUAUUUCUGAUGUAAAUGGUUGCAUUGUUUUUAUUUGAACACUUUGGCUGUUGUAUUCUUUUGUUUAUGUAUUUUGACAAGAUAAAAUCUUACAAACUGA